AUUGUCCUCACGUACUUGUCUGCACAUUCGCCAUGGCUACCGACGUCGCACUCGAUACUACUAUCGGCACUGUUGUCGUCGAACUCUACAACGACCAUGCGCCGAAAACAUGCAAGAACUUCUCAACUCUCGCCCAACGCAACUACUUCAACGGCCUCAUAUUCCACCGCGUAAUACCCAACUUCAUGAUACAAGGUGGCGAUCCGACUGGUACAGGGAGGGGUGGUGAAUCCAUCUACGGGGAGAAGUUUGAAGACGAGAUAUCCCCACAGCUCAAGCACACCGGCGCUGGCAUUCUGAGCAUGGCCAACUCUGGUCCCAACACAAAUGGCUCCCAGUUUUUUAUUACCCUGGCGCCCACACCAUGGCUGGAUGGCAAGCAUACCAUCUUCGGAAGGGUCAAGAGCGGCAUGCAGAUUGUUAAGAAGCUGGGUUUGGUCAAGACAGACAAGGAAGAUCGCCCUGUGGAGGAGAUUAAGAUUAUCAAAGCAUACCUGGUUGAUGACAACGCCUCUGCGCUACAACGCUACUAGUGCGCGACAGGAAGCUCAAUGGUCAUCGGAUACAACACCAAGGCGCGUUAGAAAUAGCGCCAUGCAGCAUCAAUGUUGCUCAGUUUUCAAAGCGCCGUUCGGAUGAAUCAACACCUUCGUAUACCCUUCAA